CGGUUUUUUUUUCUACAAAACGCGUUUGGUUUUUUCUUCUUCUUUUUCUUCUUCUUUUUGCUAUAAAAAGGCUGCUGCUCCGUGUCUUUUGUCGGCAGACCGUUUCUUACUCAGUCAGUUUACUACUUCCCAGCUAAUCAGAUAUGCCUGUACGUCGCCUUUCCCCUGAUCUUGCUCGCCUCCCAGUGCUCUUACUCACUCUUGCUUCUUCAGAUGUUCAUCUCCAACCCACACAUCGGCGACCAGUCCCGCUCCGAGGACUGGAGAAUCCGCGGGUACGACCCCAUUACUCCCCCCGACCUCCUCCAGCACGAGAUCAAGCAGACCAAGAUCUCGAAGCAGACCGUCAUCCAGGGCCGCAACGAGGCCGUCAAGAUCAUCAACGGCGAAGACGACCGUCUCCUCGUCGUCAUCGGCCCCUGCUCGAUCCACGACGUCGACGCCGCGCUCGACUACGUCAACAGACUCAAGCCGCUCGCCGACAAGUACAAAAACGACCUGCACGUCGUCAUGCGCGCAUACCUCGAAAAGCCCCGCACCACCGUCGGCUGGAAAGGCCUCAUCAACGACCCUGAUAUCAACGGCACCUUCGACAUCAACAAGGGCCUCAAGAUCUCGCGGAAUCUCUUCCUCAAGCUCACAGAGAAACUCCCCAUCGCCGGCGAGAUGCUCGACACCAUCUCGCCCCAGUUCCUCGCCGACCUCGUCUCUGUCGGCGCCAUCGGCGCCCGCACCACCGAGUCCCAGCUCCACCGCGAGCUAGCUUCCGGCCUCUCCUUCCCCGUCGGCUUCAAGAACGGCACAGACGGCACCGUCGACGUCGCCGUCGACGCCAUCCGCGCCUCGUCCUGCCCGCACCACUUCUUGUCCGUCACAAAGCCCGGCGUCGUCGCCGUCGUCGGAUCGGAGGGAAACACCGAUACCUUCAUCAUCCUCCGCGGCGGCAAGGGCGGCACCAACUACGACUCCAAGAGCGUGCGUGCGGCCAAGAGCAAGCUUCUCAAGGCCGAGUUCAUUGUCGAGAAGCUCGAGGAGAAGCUGCGCAAGCUCGGCAAGGGCGAUCUCGAAGGCGACGCCAAGGUCGAGGAAAUGAAGAAGCACCUGACGAGAAUAAUGAUCGACUGCUCGCACGGCAACUCAAACAAAGACUACCGCAACCAACCCAAGGUCGUCAAGUCGAUCUGCGCCCAGCUCGCAAAGGGCCAGACCGGAAUCAUGGGCGUCAUGAUCGAGUCCUUCAUCACCGAGGGCAAGCAGGACAGCGAAAAGCGCAUGCGCGGGGGGGAGUUUGUCUACGGCCAGUCCAUCACCGACGCUUGCAUCUCCUGGGAAUCGACCGAAGACGUGCUCGCCGAGCUCGCCAAGGGCGUCCAGGACAGACGCGCGUACAAGCUCGCGCAUCCGAACGCGACCGGCGAUGGCGAUAACACUGACGAGGAUGAGGAGAUUGUCGAGAGCAAUGGCAAUGGCAAGAAGCGCGAGGCCGACGAGCCGUUGGCGAACGGCAGCAAGCGCCAGCACUAAUCACAUACUACUACUACAAAGAACCAAAUUCUUUCCUUCUUUGUGAUUAUUUUCCCGUGUUCAUAGUUAUCAACGCCACCUUCUUUUUUGAUAUAUUCUUUUGGAGUUUUUUGCUUGUGUUUUUGUUUUUGAUAAUGGUCUGUCUAUACGAGAGAAAACGGGAAAAAAGUUAUUACAUUUUUUGAAAUUUUUGGA